AGGGCGACUGUGAGGAAAAGAAGAAAGGGUGCUGGGCCUGGCUGGCGAACCUAGGCUGCAGACGGCCAGGCAGUUCCGCAGGGCGGUGUCCGGAGAGUUGAGGGGCUCGGGCACCCGGGGUUCACAGUGCACGCCAGGACGUGCCGGAGUAAGCAGCCCGGCGAGGAGCAGCAGUCAGCGAGACCCGCAGGCUGGGACCAUGGGCUGCUGCUUCUCCAAGAGGCGGAAGGCUGAGAAGGAGUCGCAGCCCGAGGGCGAGGAGGAGCGACCGAAGCAGUACAGCUGGGACCAGCGCGAAAAGGUUGAUCCUAAAGAUUACAUGUUCAGUGGACUGAAGGAUGAGACAGUAGGUCGCUUACCCGGGAAAGUGGCAGGGCAACAGUUUCUCAUUCAAGAUUGUGAGAACUGUAGCAUCUAUAUUUUUGACCACUCUGCUACAAUUACUAUUGAUGACUGUACUAACUGCAUAAUUUUCAUGGGACCCGUGAAAGGCAGUGUGUUUUUCCGGAAUUGCAGAGAUUGCAAGUGUGCAUUAGCCUGCCAACAGUUUCGUGUGCGCGAUUGCAGAAAGCUGGAAGUCUUUUUGUGCUGUGCCACUCAACCCAUUAUUGAGUCUUCCACAAAUAUCAAGUUUGGCUGUUUUCAAUGGUACUACCCUGAAUUAGCUUUCCAGUUCAAAGAUGCAGGGCUCAGCAUCUUCAAUAAUACCUGGAGUGACAUUCAUGACUUUACACCUGUGUCAGAAGAACUCAACUGGAGCCUCCUUCCAGAGGACACUGUAGUUCAGGACCAUGUUCUUCUGCCUACUACCGAAGAGCUCAAAGCUGUCCGCAUUUCCACAGAAGCCAAUAGAAGUAUUGUUCCAGUAUCCCGGGGUCAGAGACAGAAGAGCAGUGAUGAAUCAUGCUUAGUGGUGCUAUUUGCUGGUGAUUAUACUAUUGCAAAUGCCAGGAAACUAAUUGAUGAGAUGGUCAUUAAAGGCUUUUUCCUAGUUCAGACAAAGGAAGUAUGGAUGAAAGCUGAGGAUGCCCAAAGGGUUUUUCAGGAGAAAGCACCUGACUUCCUUCCUCUUCUGAACAAAGGUCCUGUUAUUGCCUUGGAGUUUAAUGGAGAUGGUGCUGUAGAAGGAUGUCAACUUAUUGUCCAUGAGAUAUUCAAUGGGACCAAGAUGUUCGUAUCAGAAAGCAAGGAGACAGCAUCUGGAGAUAUAGACAGCUUCUACAACUUUGUUGAUAUACAGAUGGGGAUAUGAAAUCAGUGUGGAACAAAGGCCUUGGGAUUAAGCUCUUUUUAAUUUGUAUGGUAGCAAUGGUUUUUACUAAUGCUAAAAUUGUUCAAAUUUAUGUUUUAAUAAAUUGUUGAAUACUGCAACAUUUGCUUGAGGUUCAAAAAUAGUUCAUUUUAAAUUAAGUAGUUUCAAUCAGCUUAAAAACUAUUUAACCCACCUCAACAAACUUGCAGUUUUUCUCUGCAUAUGAUACUAUUAUUAGAAAAUAGAAGUGACUAAUGGUUCAUUAUUUUAAUCCUAAUUUAACAUUCUUUCAAAUCUCUAAUAAUUUAAACCUUCCUCAGUGCUCCAUGAUACUUGCUUGAGAAUACAUUCCAUUGCUUAUUUUUUAAAAUAUAGAUGGAUUUACUAGUUGAUUAAUUAGAAUGAACCUUUGCAUAUUUUUUCAUGUAUACAUAUCCAGUUAAAUAAUUGCUUCCCAGUUGCAUAGCAUGGCAAAUGAGACUUUGUACACAGAGUUGACACGUUUUGUAAAUUGAAUUUUUUAAAUUAAUAGGUAUUUGAUAAGCAGUUUUGCAAGUGACUCUACUAACUGAUGUUGGUAUAGCUGUUUAAAGACUAUUUUGUGAGUAGUAUGAUUAUUUGAAUAAAUUCCUCACUGUUUAGUUUUUUAAUACAACUGCUAGAUGACUCUUCUGCGUCCUGGUAAGAAAGGCAUAUGCAACACUAAAAUGAUAGAAGCACAAUCACUGCAGUUUUCAAAGAAGUGAUGACUGUUUUAUCAGCUCUGUAGGCUAUUAGGAGAAUUAGA